AUGGCUGCUUCUUUGUCCAAAGCACGAGCUCGGCGUAUUCCGCGUGAUGUUAGCUCCUCUGAUGAGAGCUCCCAUGAAGUUUUGGAGGACGCCAAUAUUUUGCCGCGACAGUUUUCUUUGAUGUCACCACGUUUGCCACGCCUACAUUCGAUCAAGGGCCCUUUCAAGCUGGUGCUUGGUGGUAUUUUAGUUGAUCCCCCUCGGAGUCGCACUCGAUGGACUCCAUUUAAACUGAUUGAACGGCUUCCGGGUCAGCUACAUGGACAGUUUCGAUUCAACUGUGAUGAAGGAUAUGUCUGCAGGCCUCUCACUUUGGUGUCUGGUGGUGAUACUUCAGGUGCUUGGCGCAAAGUCUACAGCUCUGUGGAAUAUCCUAGGUUGGUUUUCAAGCUGAUGCCUUCGACCGAAGAUAUGUCCUAUACCACUGAGAGAUCCGUGCCUUUAGGCAAAUGCCUUGAUUAUACGGCACAAUUCGUUCAAGAAUUUCACUGUUGGGUCUCUUUAUGUGAGUCCGAGAAACCUGAAGGUGCUCCUCACCGCACAGUCCAGCAAGUGCACUUUCAUAUAUUGGUAUGUGAACGCCUGGUGCCACUACUUCGUGCUGAUCUCCAAGGACUUGAUUCGGAGGAAGUUGCUUAUAGACUUGCCCUUGCCAUUGCAGGGGCUUCUCAGCGGGGAUUCCGCCUUCGAGACUGCGGAAAAUCGAAUUGGGGAUUUGGUAUGCGCAUUUGUCGCUUGGUUCCCCUUCUCCUUGAUGGAAACAGCUGGGUCCGGCUUGAACCUGAUGAUCCAUUAUUUGGAAAGUGGCCGCCAAAGAAGCUUAUUGGAAGUUUCUGGCCUCUUCUCGCCGAGAUUCAUCCCCAAGCGGCCUCUGAAAUUGAGCAACAGGUUUACUGGCCAGUCGGUGGCACUCAAUUCGAUGCUGAGCGUAUUUGUGCUUUCCUGUUGAGACGGUUGGCUGGUCUUGAUGAGCCCCAACAGUGGAACCCCUUUCGCUGA